UGCUCCCUGACAUGGCUAUAAAAGAAAGCAACAGCUGAGUGUGGGUCAUCUAAACAUAGCAAACCGAUAAGAGAGGAGAUAGAAAGCGUGGGGAAGCAGGCUGCUAUAUUCUGUGCAGGAUUUAGAAAGGAAAAGAGAGGCUUAGAUUUCAACGGAAUUUCAUUCUUCUCAUCCAAACUUGCUGCUGUUGGAUAUUAACACAAUGCCCCAAAUCACCAGACUGGAAGACAGUCAACCAGCACAUGCACUGUGGUUUGACCGUCCAAAGUUUGUGUACGUCAAUUUCAUUGUUGAAGACAGUAAAGACGUCCAAGUUGAUAUUCAAGAAACCAAACUCGUAUUCAGUUGUAAAUCAGCAGAUGAUACUAAUAUCUACAACGAGAUUCACUUUUAUGAUAAAGUACAGGCACUGGAUUCCAGAGAGAGGCGCUAUGACCGUACAAUCAACGUAAUGCUGAGGAAACAGAAAGAGAACGUGGCGUGGCCUCGUCUGACGAAGGAUGCAGGCAAGCCUGUGUGGUUGUCUGUGGACUUUGAUAACUGGAGAGACUGGGAACAAGAGGAGGAUGAUGGUAUGGCAGAGUACGAGAGAUAUGCUGAUAUGUUACAGAGCAUGAGUAAAGGUGGGUCUGCUCCCAAAAUGGAUGACCUUGAUGACCUUGAUUUUACAACUUCCGUGGUGUCAUGCCGACCUGCUGAGCUCAAAAUAGACAACAGCGGGAAGAAGGAGAAAGUGAAGGGGUUCAACAUCAUCCUGAAGGACACCAUACUGUUUCCAGAGGGAGGGGGUCAGCCAGAUGACCAGGGUGUCCUCAAUGAUGUCCCUGUGUUGCGAGUCACUCGCCAGGGUGCCGAUGCGGUUCAUUUUGUCACCUCUCCUCUGGAGGUGGGAGUGGAAGUGCAGAUGAAGGUAGACUGGGAAAGAAGAUUCAACCACAUGCAGCAGCACUCGGGGCAACACUUAAUAACAGCCAUUGCAGACUCUAUGUUUGGCUUCAAAACUACGUCGUGGGAAUUGGGUCGACAACGCAGUGUUAUUGAGCUUGACACCCCGUCAAUGGAGCCUGGGCAGGUAGAAGCUCUAGAGAAAGCGGUGAACGAGAAGAUCAGGGAACAAGUCCCUGUCAGUGUCAAAGUGGUAGCGGUGGAUGACCCAUCUGUUGAACAGGUACGAAGCCGCGGACUACCAGAGGACCAUACAGGCCCCAUUCGGAUAAUUGAUAUUGAAGGAAUUGAUGCCAACAUGUGCUGUGGGACACAUGUUUCAAACCUCAGCCACUUGCAGGCUAUAAAAAUUCUUGGAACAGAAAAAGGGAAGAAGAACAAAACCAACCUUAUUUUCUUGGCUGGGAGCAGGGUGUUAAAAUACGCUGAGAGAAGUUACAGUGUGGAAAAGGCAUUGACCUCCCUGCUCAAAACUGGGCCUGAAGACCAUGUUGAAGCUGUAGACAAACUGCAGAAAUCAGCUAAAGUGUUACAAAAGAACAAUCUUAAUCUGCUUCGAGACUUGGCUGUUCUUAUCGCACAAAAUUUCAAGAGUAACCCGAACCGUGGAAAGCUGUUCUGCUUACACAGGAAAGAUGGAGACAGUGAGUUUAUGAACAUCAUUGCUAAUGAAAUAGGCACAGAGGGCACUUUGAUAUUUCUUACUGUUGGGGACGAAAAGGAAGCUGGGUUGUUCUUACUGGCUGGACCUAUAGAGAUGGUGGACACUUUGGGACCCAGAGUGGCUGAGCUGCUGGAAGGGAAGGGAGCUGGGAAGAGGGGGCGAUACCAGGGUAAAGCUAACAAGAUGGGCAAGCGGCCAGAGGUGGAGGUGUUACUGCAUGAGAACAUACAGCAUCGCAGCUCAGAGGAAUAAAGAAUCACGAAAGUAAAACAGUCCUGAAACUGUGGGUAGGAAGCUAAGCUGGGCUCUAUGACCCCUUUACAUAUUCUACCAUACCAUAACCAGUAAUGAUAUAUAAAAAUUGUGAUGCAUACUAUACUUUUUCAUUAUGUAAUUUGUCCCUGCACAAUAAGUUCUCUUGUCCACAGUG